GGAACAUGUGGCGGACGUUAUAUUAGAGGACCAGCUUUUUGAUAUUUGGCCUGAAUAUCCAUGUCUUUACGAUGUAAGAUCGUCGGAAUUUAAAAAUCGAGACGCAAGAGAUAAGGCUCUGCAAGAGACUGCAGAAAAUCUUGGGCAAACAGUUUAUUGGGUCAAGGCUAAAAUAAAAGCAUUGAGAAAUGCUUUCACACGAGUCAAAAAACCUCCUCCAAGUGGUAGCGCUCGCAAAAGUCUUACGAAGCGAGGUAGCUGGUUGCUGGAUAAACUGAAGUUCCUCUCUCCUUUCGUGGCAACAAGAGUUCCCAUUUCAAAUAUUGUUACUGACGAUUCCAAUUCACCAUCAUGCAUAACAAUUGCUGAUAAAGUUGAUGAUCAAAACGAUGAUGAUGAUGACGACAGUUGUAAUGAUCCAGCAACACCAAGCAACAGUCUUGAGAAUGAGGUUGACUGUCCCAUUUCUAGUACUAAACAGCCAACCCGUAUAAAGCCAAAUAGAAAAAGGCAGGCAGAUGAAGAACACAAUCUCAGUAUCAAUGUACUUCAAUAUGAGCGUGGUCAAUGCACAAUUGCAACAAAAAUUGAAAAUAUAAAAUUGACAUUGAACAGAGAUCCACCCAAAGAUCAAAAAACGGCAGUCGAUUUGACGUCGGUCAUUGUAGAUUUUAUCUUGAAUUUUAUGCAUUCAAUUGCGUCGUCACUCAACAAAUAUGAUUGAAAUAGUUUUUAAGCGAACAUGCUGUUUUCUAGGUAACCUCAUCGAGUAUUCCAGAAUUCUCUCUUGCAAAAAUAUAGCCUGUAAAAAAUAUUUCCAACUCUUGCAAUGAAAAUGAAUUUUUCAUAAGUGGGAAUUACCGAAAAGAUAUUUCUUGAGAAGACAUUUCCAAAGAGAGAAUGAGGUAAAAAUAGGACUUACGUUCAUUGGAAACACGUCAUGUUGUAAACAGCUCCGAAAAUUUUACAUUAAUGCACAUGUGAUGAUUGAAGUUAUGCAGCAACGUCUCAUGUUGUUCGCGUUAUUCACUUCAUUAAUACCGCCACGAUCGAUCAACUGUGUGUUGUAAAACUUCGCUCAAAUCAAAUCAAUUUAUAUCUGCAAUACAUACAUACCAUGAAGUUCUUAUUUUCAAUUGUUGCGUUCUUGAUUUUCAUUACAGGACAUCGUAGUCUAGUGGAGAGUUCAAGCUGCUACUGUAACUGCAACCAUUAUGGAAGCUCAUCAAUACCAAGAGCGCAACAUUGCACAAGUCCAACGAGAUUGGUAAAACAGUGCGUUUUCAAAAACUUAAACGACGACAAAGACGCUGGCGCGUUAACUCAAGUAACUUGUGCUUUCAACAAACAGAAAACAGACACGUCACUACGUGUGACAUUUAAUGGUAAUAUGAGAGUGGUUGGUUGUUCGUCUGGAUGUUGUCGUCGCUGGUUUAUAACAAUCAACGGGAGAGAAUGCCAAGAUCCAGCAACAAUUGACACACAAAUAUUUGCAGACGGGUCGGUAAAUCGUCACUCUCCAAGUACUUUGGAUGGCUUUUGCAAUAACAUACCUGUAGGGACAGUGAAGGUCGGUCUCUCCAUAGCAGCCUGUUCUGGAUUUACGGGCGGUAAUGCCUACACCGGUUGGAAUUCUGUUUCACGUAUUGUAAUCGAAGAAUUGUCGAUUAUUUGAAGAAGCAAAUGUUAAGAGUUGAGAAAUUUUUUAGGCUACGCAUGUUUACAAAUGGUACAUUUUGUCUUUUUCAUAGUUUUGUAACCUCAAUGAUUUUAAAGAGUGAUGCUGCGACACUAAACGAGUAAAAAAAAUAAUUGAAUUUCUUUCAUUUUCCCCCUACACUGGGCACGACCUGCGUAUCUAUAUUUCAUUUGUAUACACCCGCUAAUUAUAAAAAACGUCGUUAACAAAUCGAAAUAAAGAAAAGUGCACCAGUAGA